AUGGUUCUUCACCAGUUUGACUACAUCUUUGCCAUCGGCAUCAUCUUUGCUUUCCUCGAUGCCUGGAACAUCGGUGCCAACGAUGUCGCCAACUCGUUCGCGACCUCCGUCUCAUCGCGGUCGUUGACCAUGAUGCAGGCUAUGAUGAUUGCAACAGUCAUGGAAUUUGGUGGUGCCGUUCUCGUAGGAUCCCGAGUGUCGGAUACCAUCCGUAACGGGAUCAUCUCGACCUCAAAGUUCACCAAGGAGCCAGCUGCCCUUAUGCUGGGAAUGAUGUGCGCCCUAGUCGGAUCCUCUUUGUGGUUGACCUUUGCUACUAAGAUGGGUAUGCCCGUCUCAACAACCCACUCCAUUGUCGGUGCUAUCAUUGGCGUUGGUAUUGCUACUCUCGGAAAAGAUGGUGUGCAAUGGGCCUACAAUGAUGGCAAGGGUGUUGCCGGUAUUGUCAGUGCCUGGUUCAUUGCCCCAGCUAUUGCCGGAGGUUUUGCUAUCAUCGUCUUCCUGAUAACCAAAUACGGUGUCCUUGAGCGCAAACGUCCUCUACGUGCCGGGUUCAUGAUGGUUCCCUUCUACUUUGCGGUUACUGCUGGUAUCUUGACUAUGGUCAUCGUCUUCAAGGGAGCUCCAAGUUUGAAUCUCGACGAAUUGAGCACCGGACAGAUCCUUGGCGCCAUCUUCGGUGUUGCCGGCGGUGUCGUACUGUUAUAUGGCAUUUUCUUCCUGCCAUUCCUUUACCGUAAGCUCGAACUUGAAGAUUGGCAGUUGAAGACCUGGGAGGUUAUCUACGGUCCUCUCCUUUGGAAGCGUGGGCCCGUCCCACCCCGUCCAGAGGGCACUGCCGUUGUUCAGGACUACUACAGAGGCCACAAGACAAAGGCUGAUCUCACUACUACCCGUGGAGCUGCCGAUGAUAUUGAACACGCUGCCGCUCCUCAGACCGACACACAGAGCUCCGAGGAUGGCAUCAAGCGUGGCUCCAGCGAGGCCUCGCCCGCCGAGAAGAAUGGAGAACAAACCCUUGAGGCUCAUGAGCAAGAAGCUCUGGGUCCAUGGUAUACUCCCCGCAACCUCUUCGUUAAGGCCAAAUACUACUUCCUCCGUGGUGUCGACCGGGACGUUGUUUCUGAGCAGAACGCCACUGAUGCUACCAACUUCCUUGCCGGAGACCUGGACAAGAUGCACGCCGAAGUCAAGCACUACGACAACAAAACUGAGCAUCUCUACUCCUUCCUCCAGGUCCUGACCGCUGCCACUGCCUCGUUCGCCCAUGGGUCCAACGACGUCUCUAACGCCAUUGGACCACUGACCACAAUCUACCUUGUCUGGGACACUAACACCAUCGCCAAAAAGGCCAGUGUGCCAAUUUGGAUUCUUGUCUUUGGUGGUGCUGCUAUCAGUAUUGGUCUCUGGACCUACGGGUAUAACAUGAUGCGUCAGCUCGGUAACAGACUUACUCUGCACUCUCCUAGCCGUGGUUUCUCCAUGGAACUUGGUGCAGCCAUCACCGUCAUUCUGGCCAGUCAACUCGGCCUCCCCAUCUCAACUACACAGUGUAUCACCGGCGCUACUGUUGGCGUUGGUUUCUGCUCCGGAACCUGGAAAGCCGUUAACUGGAGAAUGAUUGCUUGGAUCUACCUUGGCUGGUUCAUUACCAUGCCAGUCGCUGGUAUCAUCUCGGGUUGCCUUAUGGGUAUCAUCAUUAAUGCCCCUAGAUGGUCUGGUGUCGGUGCUUAG